AUGGCGCCCAAUCCUGCGUCCGAGGUGGAAGACGUGAAGGUCAACACGAAAAAGGGAGAAACUCUUCCGGAGAUUACACCACCAACAGUCCACGAGACAAGCAGGGUUCCCGGAAAUCAGAUGAGCUCCAGUAUUGAUGGUGAUGUUGGCAGCAGCUACUCGACUGAAAGCAAGCGGGGUAGCUAUGGUUCAUUCCCAGGAAGUGUGGCAAGCAGGAUGGGAUUGGAUGGCAGGGGUGUUACUUGGGAUAGUCGGUGGGUUGUUCUGAUAGCUGCCCUUUGGCUCCAGUGCAAUUCAGGGCUCCACUAUUCCUUCAGCAUGUACAGCAACGACCUCAAGACCAUCCUGAACUACAGUCAACAACAGACAGAUGGCCUGGGGUCCGCAAAGGAUUUGGGAGCCAGCUUGGGAAUCAUUUCAGGGAUUGUCUUCGACAUGUAUGGCCCCAGAAGAACGCUCUUCAUAGGCUCGAUACUCAACCUGUGCGGUUACCUGGUGGUCUGGCUUGCAGUCACGAAUAGUGUUCCAGUCACGCUAUCUUACUGGCAGAUGUGCCUUACAAUUGCUAUCGCGUGCAAUGGUCAAACCUGGUUUGACACUGCAGCUGUGGUUUCAAGCUUGCGCAACUUCCCAGACGACCGCGGCACAGUGGCGGGCCUGGUCAAGUGCUUUGUAGGGCUCAGCGCAGCUAUCUAUACACAGAUUUACAUUGGCUUGUUCGCCCCAAAGGUCGACCACUUCGUGUUGCUCAUUGCGAUCCUGCCCGCAGUCGUUGGCUUGGCAGUCAUGACCAUAAUCAAGCUGGUUCCCGCGAAGUCGUACGACGGCGAGAGCUGCGAGGACAAGGCGGAGCGUUUCAAGCUCGCCAAGAUCCUGGUCGUAGUCCUGGGGUUGUACUUGCUGGGAGUGACGGGAUUCCAGCAGCAGUGGAGACUGGAGCAGCACAUCAGCUUCAUCCUGAUGGUGGUCAUGCUCGCUAUCCUGGCCAUGCCUGCUUUGAUCCCGUUCCGGACGUGCAUGCCGCCGUGCCUCCCCGAGCUGACGUCCCCGCCCCUCAGCCCCACCAGCCCGGGGCUUUCUGACCGGAGCCCUCUUCUGCCCAACUGGCGGGAUCCGGAAACCAAAGGCGCGGAGAAGAAAAAAGACUUGACGCUGAGAGAAGCCGUUGGCACGCUGAACUUCUGGCUGCUCUUCUACGUGGCCACAUGCAGCACCGGCGCGGGCUUGACCGUCAUCAACAACCUGGCGCAGAUCGUAACUGCACUCGGCGGCGCCGCGCCCUUCGCGUGCCUCUCGCUCAUCAGCGUCGCCAACUGCCUCGGCCGCCUCGCCGCAGGGUGCUGGUCCGAGGAGCUGCUGCACAAGUACGGCGUGCCCCGCCCCUACUUCCUAGUGGCCGCCUCCUCCAUCAUGUGCCUCGCGCAAGUGCUGCUGGCAUACGCGAAUCUGGGCACGCUGUACUCAUGCGUCCUCCUCGUCGGCUUCUCGUACGGCUGCCACCUGUCCCUCUUGCCCACCGUUACCAGCGAGCUCUUCGGGCUGACCCACUUUGGCACGCUCUACAACUUCUUCGGGUUGUCGAUGGCGACAGGAUCAUUUUUGCUCUCCACUUGCCUCGCGGGAUACUUCUACGACCACAACAGUGACGCCACGCUGACAGUAUGCAUGGGACCCCAGUGCUUCCGGCCUACCUUUCUCAUUUGUUCCGGUGUGUGUUGUUCCGCUGUUUUUGCGUGCUUACUGCUUGUCAAGAGGACGAGGAAGAGUUACAGGAGCGAAUACAAGCGCCUCAAGCACAAAUAAGAACAGAUAGCAAGCUGCAAUAAGUUCAUGAGGUGGAAACAGACAGAACUCGUAACAUAGAAGCUCGCGUUAUUCCGAUCUGUUGAGGUGCUUGGCCACGGUAGUACUGCUAUUGCUACGAAAAAUUUCUAGCCGCUAUCAUUGCGAGUUGCAAGCCUGAAGCCGCGCACGUCGUAGUAACGGCAGAGAUGCAAAGAGAACUCCAUCAGCAGAAUAAUGGAACUGUUCAAAAGGUUAUAACCCG